CUAGGCGUCCCCAUGUCUCGUUCGCCGGCGUCUGUGCAACGAUCGGUCGAAUCGUAUUGAUCGAGCGUCGCUCGUAAUUGACGUUAAUUAAAAGAUCGAACGCGCGGACUUUACGAGGCAACAAACGUUCCGCCGAGGUUUCGAGAAAGGCAAAAGGGCGGACGGGGAGACGCUAUCGACGAGUCUGUAUGCGUAUCGUUCGAUCUCCGGUGAAAAUGUGGGGAAGGGCGAGUAUGGCAGCUGUGAUGGUCCUCUUCUUAAUGUGCUCGUGGACGCUCGGCGUGGUUCACGGCGAAGGAAACAUGGCGGAUGUCGGUCCGAGCGACACGGACGCUGAGGGUAUUUUAGAACGCGGGACUGCAUGGCUAUGGAGUCAGCGCGACAAAGACGCUGGUUGGGGGAACGAUACUCAUCGGGUUCUGUUGGUCCUUCGACUGAGCAACCUCUCGCGGGAAGAUAACGUCGCUCCUGCGGCACCGAUCGAGUUGCAGCUGAGCAGCAAACAGAUGGAGCUCGAAAUAGUGUUGCUGCUAUGGAGGCACAGAGAAAUCGGUUUCUCUCCGGUAAGAUUGGCGCGCUACACCCUCGCCUUGAACGCCAUGUGCACGGAUCCAAGGCAGUUUCACGGUCACGAUCUGAUCGGAACGCUCCAACAUCACGAGCCGCCCACGGACUAUGAAUUCGCCCUUACGACGCUAGCUGCGUGCAACGCCCAAGCCCACGUGCGAAAAAGACAGAUACGUCGGUUGCUGGACAUCGCGAACGAUUAUCAGGACCACAAUGUCGACACAGUCGCGAUGGUGAUCCUCGCCCUGAAGUGUAUCGUUCAAGAUCACAGACAUCGAAAUCUUCAUCAUUUCGUACGCAAACCAUCGAUCGGUUUGGCGCAAAGACGCGACGGUAGUUUUGGGGAUUUGCGAACGACAGCUUUGGCGUUGCAAGCUCUCGAGGAAGCAGAAAACGAGUCUAUUGACAACUGGAAUCGAUCGGCCGCCAUCGCAUGGAUGACGAGCCAGCAACGACCCGAUGGUUCUUUCGCUGGUGACGUUCGCGCAACAGCCGAGGCCCUUCUUGGGGUGACUCCGCGAGGUUUGGCAAACAUUCGAACUCUCGACUGUGGCCAAGGACUCACCGAUACCUCGCCGCCGCGACUCACCACCACCACAACCACUACUACCACCACUAGUAAUGGUAAUGGUAACAGUAAUGGUAACAGUAAUGGUAACGCAGAGUCAACGAUUUCAAGUAAUCUUAGCGAGACUGUGUCGGCAGCUUCUGGAACUAACGCGAAUAACGAAAGCUUGGGAAACGACACCAGCAAUGGAAACAAGGGAAACAGUGCAGGGAAUGCGUUCAAUGCCAGUAAUGCGGACAGCAGUGUGAUAGUUAGUACCAGGAUGCCAGUUAUGGUGAACGUUUCUUAUACGCUGUGGGUUGGCAGUCACGUGAACGAGACGUAUAAUCUGACAGUGACGGCUCCUAAAAACGAAACAUUCUACGAGGUGAUGCAUCUUGCCGCAGAAAUGUCGCCCCAUUUUCAAUUUGUUGCAUCAAAAUGGCCGAACGGGCAUUACGUUCACACGAUAGCCGGCUACAAAGAGGAGCCGAUGUCCUAUCAUUACUGGCUGCUCUAUCGACUCCCUUCGCCUCCAAAUCCUUCUAGGCCACCGGGUAAUCACCUGGUUGCCCCCGGAGGCGUCGAUGAUCUGCAAAUCAGCAAAGGCGAACACUAUCUCUUUUGGUAUAAGAAACUAUGAAGAGCAACGAAGCAUCGACAAUUAGUCGAAACAGUUUGAGAAAUAGACGAAGAAAGGAUCGUACGAGCGGAACUGUGAAAACCGAGAAAAAGAGAGUUAAAAAAAUGCCUAGUUACUCGGAAUUAAUAUAAAAAAAAACAAAAAAAAAAUGUUAAAAAAAAAUGAAAGCUCAUUUUAUUCACUGCCAUCGCUAAGCGUGUACGAAAACGUACACGACAUUUUCCAGAAUUAAUUUCGUACGGAUCCACUCGUGCGUCAAGUUACUUAGGAAGAUGCCGAAGAAGUAGAGCUGGCAGUGACGUUUUUGGAACUCUGCUCUAAUGGUCGAUUCGACUAGUCGGUAAAAAAAAAAGCACGACACAUCCUAACGUAUACCGACACUCGACUGACGUAUGGUGAUAACGAUAACCAUGCGUAUCGUAAAUCGUAACUUAAGCUAAAGGCAUAACAUUUUCUAUGAAACUGCAAUGCACAACCACAUUGUACCUACUUAUACGAUAUGGCGAUAUCAUAUCGAUGAUCAACGUAUCAAUUGAUAUUUAAUAAAUCCCAUAUCUAUAUGUAUUAGCAAGUUAACCUACUUCUUGAUAUUAUGCUACGCGUGUUGCUUUACAAUCACCGAAUUCCAGUGCUACGAGAAACGAAGUCAAGCUUGCCGCGAUGCGUACAUCAAAAUUCAU